AUGCCCAGACACGUGCCCAUCAAGGAGUCUCUGAACAAGCACCUCCUCGACUUGGAUAGUGUUCUUACCGUGGCGGAUCGUAUUAAUUCGGUGGUACCUGGGUUAAGGACUAGUGCCACAUUCUUCACCUUCCUCCGCAGCAACCUCGUCCUCCCCCCCUCAACCCUAAACUCCACCACCUCAACCCCCCUCCUCGACGCCUCCUCCUCCCAAACCCUCCCACCCCUCCUAACAACCUCCUCUCUCGCAACCAUGUCCUACCUCGAAGCCGACGUGUCCGACCUCCCCCCUCCUGCACAACCCUCUACCACUCCCAAUACAGCUACCAACCCUCUCGACGGAAUCCCACCCCUAACAACAACCCUCCUCACAACCGAAGACUCCAAAAUCGCCGCCCUCAAACUCGUCGCCGAUAGCAUCGCCCAACAACGACAAUACGCCGCGCGAGCAAUAAUCUUCCACCCCUUGACCCUAGCGCUGUACGUCCUACUGCUAGCAACCAUAAGCCAAUUCCUGUAUAAAACUCGCAGCGACCUAGGGAUUGUAUUCACGACAGGGGCAGGAGUGACAAUGGCGUGUUUAGUAGCCGUGAGAGGCGCAACAGGUGGGUAUCUGGCGUUAGCAGAGGAGAUCGGCUGGGGAUUCGUGAGGAGUGAGGAUGGGAGUGGAGAGGAGGAUCUGAUGGUUGGAAGUUAUUUUGGGGAGGAACUGAUUGGUGCGUUGGUUUUGCGGUUAGAGAGGAAUGGAGGUGGUGGUAGUCCGAAUGGGAAGAGGAAGGGGAAGGGUGGUGGGAAGAGUGGAGGGAAUGGUGUUGUGAGGGCUUGGACGGUGAGGAAUAAGUAUAGAGGGAAGGGCGUUGGGACGGAACUUUUGGAAGAGGCUGUGAGGAUUACGAAGGAGAAGUUGGGAAAUUCCGCGGGAGUGGGAUUUGCUGCUGAGCACGCGAAUAGUAAGAUGAUCUUACCGGGUAUCUUCAAUGGUGGAUUCAAGAGGAGAGAAGGAAUGGCAGGGAGGAUGCUAGCUGGUGUGGUUGAGAAUGCGAAUGGGAGCAAGAAGAAGCGGUAG